CGCCGCCUCUAUACGCGCCGCCGCGGAGUUGACCGCAUUCGUGCUUUUUCUUUUCAUGUACGAACCUCUUCCAUCGUCGUACCGGUCGGUGUGUGUUCUCUCUCUCGUCGGUGGUCGAUAUUCUUUUGCUGCGAGCCUCUGCAGGAGAAAGGUGAAGUUGCUCUCGAGACACUCUAUAUAUAACCCACUACUGCUGUCCUCGGAGUUCUAUCUCGCCCUUUGAGUUCCGUGUCCAAACAACUUGAAGGCGCAAGUAUCCGGUCGGAGUCCAGUCCAAAUUGCCGUGAUUCGCCCGUGCCGUAUCACAACUACGGAGCCAGGUACCUAUAAGAUACUUUUAUCAGUCGAUGACCUUCCACUCCACUGAUAAGCCGCCUCGCGGAGCGCCCCAGGACCCGGCUGAGAAGGCAAGCCAUCUCAAUCCAGCGGCAAACGUGCCAGACCAAACCCUACCGCCGUCAAAUAGGACCGCGGCCGCUGCGGAUCCCGAAAAACAAUCAUGUCAGGGCGCUGAAGGGACGCUUGGAGCCGCAGAUACGGCAGGCGACCGCAACUUCAAGGAGCAGUCAUGCAUCACCGCAGAAUCCAACCAUGACUCGGAAGAACUGUCUUCCUGUGGUCGCCCCGUCGCUCUGUCCCGGCAGAACACGAAUGGCUCGGUCGCUGCCGCACCGUACACAUCCUACAGCUGCGAGUUGGAAAGGCCUCACAGCCGUGAGCGGCCUCGAUCCACACAUCUUCGUCGCCCCUCCUCGUCCACUUCUGCGUCCACGGCGGAUGACGACGCAAGUAGUUAUGCCAAUGUUAGCAGGGUCUCGACUGAUGCAUACGGCAACACGUAUCCCGAAGGAGGACGGAUAGCGUGGCUUUGUGUGUUCGGCUCCUUCUGCGGGCUCAUGAGCGGCUUAGGGAUGAUGAACACUCUCGGUACAUACCAAGCAUAUCUUUCCACCCACCAGUUGCGUGAUCACAGUUCGAGCACGAUCGGUUGGAUCUUUGGCAUCUAUGCAUUUUUGUCCUUCGUUUUGGGAAUCCAGAUAGGUCCCAUCUUCGACGCAAAAGGCCCUCGGUGGCUCGUCCUGAGCGGAUCAGUUUUUAUGCUCGCCAGCCAUCUACUGAUGGGCAUCUGCAAAAGUUACUGGCAAUUUCUCAUCGUCAUUGGAAUCCUUGGUGGCACGGGCACGUCUCUGGUCUUCACCCCGGCCAUAGCUGCCAUAGGCCACUUUUUCUUUCAGAAAAGAGGACAAGCAACCGGUAUCGCCGCCGCAGGAGGAUCUCUAGGCGGAGUUGUCUUUCCCUUAACCCUGCAGGCACUACUUCCCAAGAUUGGUUGGGCCUGGUCGACUCGCGUGUGCGGACUGAUCAACCUUGUGUUGCUGAUUGCGGCCAACCUCUUUAUCAGAUCGCGGCUCCCGUCACGCAAGGCCACCAAGGAGAACAUUCUGCCCGACUUCCGUAUCUUUCGAAACGUUGUAUUUGCAUUGACCACCGCGGGGAUCUUUUUCAUUGAAUGGGGCCUCUUCGUCCCGCUCACCUAUAUGAGCAGUUAUGCUCUGCGCCACCAUGUGUCGACUGAUCUUGCUUACCAGCUCGUCGCCAUUCUGAACGUGGGGUCUUGCUUUGGACGAUAUUUUCCCGGUCUCGUGGCCGACAAAGUUGGCCGAUUCAACUGCAUGGUCAUCACGAUUGUCAUGUGUUUGGUAUCGACGUUGGCUUUCUGGGUGCCGGCGGGCGGGUCUGUCGCGUUGUUGAUCGUGUACUGCCUUGUCUUCGGCUUUGCGUCAGGAACCGGGAUUUCACUGACGCCGGUUUGUGUGGGUCAAUUGUGUCGGGUGGAAAACUAUGGGCGGUACUACGCCACCUGCUAUACGUUGGUGUCGUUUUCGACGUUGACAGGGAUCCCCAUUGCGGGACAAUUGGUUACCGCGUGCAAUGGCGACUACUGGGGGCUCAUCGCUUUCACCGCUUGCUCAUAUGCAGCGGCCAGUGCCACGCUGCUUGGUGCUAGGGUCGCGGGCGCCGGAUGGAGCUUGAAAGCCAUUUUUUGAGUAUAUACAUAUACAUACAUCUAGAUCGAGAUCUCAAGUUUGAAUAAUAUAAAAGCAUUACAGGAUUGACAACACUUUGCGGCAGUGCUUAGUGAACGGGUUACACCGACCACUGAAAUGACCGGGAAUUGUCUACACGCCUGUGCCAC